AUGGUUGCUCAGAUUCAAAAGCCAGCUCCAACCUUCAAGAAGACUGCCGUCAUCGACGGUAUGUUUGAGGAAGUCUCGCUCGAACAGUUCAAGGGUAAGUGGGUGUUGCUCGCAUUCAUCCCAUUGGCUUUCACCUUCGUCUGCCCAACUGAGAUCAUUGCCUACUCCGAGGCAGCCAAGAGAUUUGCCGAUAAGGAUUGCCAAGUUCUGUUUGCUUCCACCGAUUCCGAGUACUCUCUGUUGGCUUGGACCAACGUGGCACGUGCCGACGGUGGAUUGGGCAAGGUCAACAUCCCAUUGCUCGCCGAUACCAACCACACUCUCUCCAGAGACUACGGCGUUUUGAUUGAGGAGGAGGGUGUUGCUCUCAGAGGCAUCUUCUUGAUCGACCCUAAGGGUGUUUUGAGACAGAUCACCAUCAACGAUUUGCCUGUUGGUAGAAACGUUGAGGAGUCCCUGAGACUUUUGGAGGCCUUCCAAUUCACUGAGAUUCACGGGGAGGUCUGCCCAGCUAACUGGACUGCUGGUGCCGACACUAUCAAGCCAGAGGUCAGCAAGGCCAAGGACUACUUUUCCAAGCACGGUUAG